GAGAAAGAGAAAGGAAAAUGGACAAGCAGAGAGGAGUGUUAAAGAGAACAAGCGAUAAGGGAGAGAGAGAGAAAGAGAGAGAGAGAGAAAGAGAGAGAGAGAGAAGAAAAGAGAGAUAAGAAUUAGCAAGAAUAACAAAUGUGAUUACAACUACUAAAGGCUCCUUAGCGACCACAUUGUACACACGUUAAUGCAAGCAGACACAUGUAUAACAUCAUAAAUCUACGCUCCGUUCAUUUAUUAUACUAACAAUACACGGCAAAUACAAACGCACAUAUCAACGCUAUAUACGUAUAUAUACAUACAUACACGCGCACACACACAUAUAUACAUAUACACACACAUAUAUAUAUAUACAUAUAUACACACAUAUACAUGCGACGAGUCUAGUGCAUGUGCGUGUGCGCGUUUGCUUAUCAUCUCUAUGGUCGUUGUGCACGGUUUUAGUGGUUACAGUUCGGCAGGGGAGGAGCGAGGAGUCGACAGAGCGUGAUCUCUGGUUUUAGCAGUUUCCGUAUUCAAAACCAUGGAGCCCGCAAGAAUACGCUCCGACACGGACAGUGGCAAAGAAGAAACGGCGAUAGGAAGCCAAGUGCCUUCUGCUACAGCUGCACAACUGCAGCAUCCACAUCAUGUCCAAUCAACUGGAGACAACAAGACGAAAAAGCCAACUGAAAACGACGGAAUUAUCAACGGGGCCGUUGCCAUGCAACGUUGGCAGAUUUUAGCCAAGGCUUUAAAUGGGAAAAAGACAAAUGCCUUAAAUCUUUCACCUGUUUCCACCAGACGCUUUACUUCCCUCGGUCUGCUCAAACACCAACCAGCUCUUGAUGGAAUCCCAAUCGAGGCAGAUGUCACGUGGCAUGAAUAUAUAUGUAACAGUGGUUCGAAAGAGAUCAUUAUUAACAUAAGACUCUUACCAAAAGAAGUGUCCUUUGAUAGUAUUUUUGGGUUUAACAAUACAGGAAAUGUAUGUAUUUGGCCAUCAGAGGAAGUUCUUGCUUAUUACUGUUUAAAGCACCGCAGUAUGUUCAGUGGUAAAAGGAUCUGUGAACUUGGUGGUGGGAUGACAUGUCUUGCAGGAAUCUGUGUAGCAGCAUCAAGCAGUGCCACCUAUGUUGAAAUUACAGAUGGCAAUGAAAAUUCCAUAAAAAAUGUCCGGCAUAUUGUGAAGAAUAAUCAGAAAAGAAAUAUAUUUGGUGACACAGAAGUCUACGCCAGAUCUUUACGGUGGAACAAUGAUUUAGACAGCUUUAAAUGCCCUGAGAAAUUUGAUUAUAUCCUCUGUGCUGACUGUUUGUUCUUCGAAGAAGCUCGGCUGGAUUUGAUUGAUACAUUAAUUAUUUACUGAAACCAGGUGGAGAAGCCCUUGUCUUUGCUCCAACACGAAAAAACAGUUUUAAUGAAUUUCUUCACUUAGCAUCUUCCGUAUUUCUUUGUUCUGUAGCAGAGAGGUAUGAUGAUGAUGUGUGGAAUCGUCAUCUGGAGCUACAGUGCCACAACAGUAAUAUCUACAACAAAGAUUUACACUACCCAGUCAUGAUGCUACUUCAGAAGCCAGACGACAGCUCUAAUCAUCAGAUAGAUACAUUACCAAACUAAAAGAAGAAAAAAAAUUAACAUAUAGCUGUUUUAACAUAUUUUAACAUAUAU